ACAGUGAUUGACAAUUAAGAAGAAAGCAAGGAUUUGUGGCAAUGUGAAUUUUCCUUUACGAUAUAACGACAAAUAUAUGAAAUCGUUAUCUCUGCACAGAUUUCCUUGAUGUGUGUAAAUAACAUUCACUUGCUACACUAGGAAAUAUUGAAAAAGUUAAUCUCGAAGUGUAGAAAUGACUCUUAUUGAGGGUGUUGGAGACGAAGUUACAAAUUUUUUUAUCGUUGUACUUGUCCUCUUGGUAGGCUGGCUUGCCUGGUGUUCUACUAGUAUUGUAGAUCAACCAUUAAUACGCACAGUAUUUAUAUUUACUCCUCGAACACUCACACGUAUCACUGAACUCCGAUCUAAUCAGAAUGCAAGCAUUGCCAAUCGGCCUUCAAAUUUAGAAAUAUCAGAGGAAGAGUCUGUAGAACCAAUUGCUGAAGACAACAGUGAUACUUUGCAAAGUUGUCCUGAAUCAUCCAUUGCAGACACAAGCAGAGAAAUUUCUCCUGAAACACAUACAGUGUCUGAAGCAACUGCAACAGAAGAAGUACUUAUUAAAACCAUGGACUCAUUUAAUAAUGAUAGUACACCUUUGUUGCAAAGACAAACCAAAAUAGAGGACACCAAGGAAACAAAUAUACCAGCAUCAACGUGUACUGAUACUGUAGAACAGCAACCAGAAAAUCUUUCAAUAAAUGAUGCUAACAAAAUUAGUAUAAAACUUAAGUUUAUAAAUGAUGAUCAAAAGGUUGUUACUGGUAGCCUUAAAGAGCUGCUUGGAGACUUUAAAAGGAGGCAUUUUCAAAUAGAAUUUGAAGCACAGAAAUUGGUACGUUUAGUUUUUAAAGGUCGUGUAUUACAACCUGAUAGUCACACAUUAGAGCGAUGUGGUUUAUAUAACAACUGCGUCGUUCACUGUUUGAUACACCAGCCUCGACCAAACCCUGUACCAUCUCAAACGUCGACGCUAGACAACUCGUCGACUUUUUAUCUUAUUCCUCAGUCAUUCUCAAAUAUACCUGCAACACUAGCAGAUAUACCUGUUGCUAGAGAAAUUAGUUCAGUUCAUAAUGAGUGGGAUUUAAGUAGACUCUUAGUCAGUAUUCUGACUCUUCUAAUAGGUCUUGCUUGGUAUACUUUAUACCAUUGCGCUCAACUUUUUACUGCAACUACUACUCUUGCAUUAUACGCGCUCACCGCAAUUUUUACUGUUUCGUUGUUUAGUCACUUCUUUCUUGAUCAAGACAACAUUAGAAACAUAGAGUAAAUUUGAAUUACAUUUCGUGGAAAACGCUUUAAGAUAUUAUUUUGAAACAUAAUUUUGUAACAUUGAUAUCGUUUCAAGACACUUGUUCCUGACGUUAAAAAAAAUCAUAAGGGGCUAUUGUGAUUCUAACCAAUGGUUUAAAUUAAUUCAUUUGAAUAAGAGAUGAGAUCCGCCUAACUAGGUAUGAUUGCAUUUCAAUUGAAAUGAAUUUGUAUGCAUUAAGUUUAAAAUUAAUUUAUAUGUUUGGAAAAAUUGUAUUCUUCGGUUAACCUAACACUACAAUUGGAAAAGGAAACAGGUAUAUUGUGACAUUACAUUCGUAUUAAAGAAUCAAUUCGUUUAGUAACUAGUCAACAUUUGUUCAUUCAGAUAUAUUUGUGAAAUUAAUAUUUGGUACAUAUUAUUCGAUUGUUGAAUUAUUUAUAAUAAAUACUAUAUACUAUGGUUACAAUGGUGCUGUAUUAUAUUACUUUCAAGGAAACGUUUGUUAUACGUUUACAUGUUUGUAAUUGUUUGAUUAGAUUUGAAAGUUACACCAUGUACAUUUGCACAUGUGACUUAAAUCUAAAUAAGCUAAAUAUGAUUAUUAAAUUAUAAGUUGCAAUCUGCAUUAGAAUUAAGCGCGUUUAAUUUUUGUGCGAAAAAUUACACUCUUAUAAACUUUUUGAAACACGAUUCUCGAAUGAAAGUUUCAUAUAAAGUUGUUUUUUAAGCACCAUUAUAUUCAUCGUUACAAAAAAUUAUUAGUGUAUAUACACAUAAUUCGCAAUGUAUUCAAAAUCAUCAUAGUUGUACCUUGCUACAAGGUACAAUUCGUAUUACUUCCACAAAAAGAAAUUUCAUUACUAUCUCUGGCAAAGGAUGUCGGCAAGAACGGUGAUUCGUAAUUAUCUCUAUAAUUCACUGUACUAUAGUAGUUUGUAGAAAACUGUAAUUACAAAAUAUCAUUACAAUUGUUUUAUUGAAUGUGAAUAAAUGAAUAAAUGUGAAUAAAUUUA